UGGUUUGGUUCAUCUAUAUUAUAAUCCGACCAAAAAGGGUCGACCGGGGUAGUCCCGAGGAAAGAAGGAUUCUUCCCCAAGCAAAGCAGAAGGCAAAUACCACACCAGGGGAAAAGACUUGCAGUCCUACCUCACUCGCUCUAGUUCUCCUCUUCGUCAUUUUCUGUGGAUUCCGCCAUGGCUUCAAAGCAACACGCGAACUGGUCUCCUUACGACAACAAUGGAGGAACAUGCGUAGCCAUUGCUGGGGCCGAUUACUGUGUUAUAGCUGCCGAUACUCGAAUGUCCAGUGGCUACAAUAUUCUUACUCGAGAUUACUCCAAAAUCUGCAAACUAGCAGACAAAUGUCUAAUAGCCUCUUCCGGGUUUCAGGCUGAUGUAAGAGCUCUGCAGAAGGUUUUGACAGCUAGGCAUUUGAUUUAUCAGCAUCAGCACAACAAGCAGAUGAGCUGCCCUGCAAUGGGCCAACUUCUCUCAAAUACUCUGUACUACAAGCGUUUCUUCCCUUAUUAUGCCUUCAAUGUCUUGGGUGGUCUCGACGAAAAGGGAAAGGGUUGCGUGUUCACAUAUGAUGCAGUUGGAUCCUAUGAAAGGGUUGGAUACAGCACCCAAGGUUCUGGUUCAACACUCAUCAUGCCUGUUUUGGACAAUAAGCUGAAGUCUCCUAGUCCUCUCAUAUUACCUGCCAAGGAUGCCGUGACUCCACUACUGGAGUCGGAAGCAGUAGACUUGGUGAAAGAUGUUUUUGCAUCUGCGGUUGAAAGGGAUAUAUAUACUGGUGACAGGUUAGAAAUUGUCGUCGUUAAACUAGAUGGUAUUCGACGUGAAUUUAUGGAACUCAGGAAGGACUGAUCACUUUCCUGCUCUGCCACUAGAAGUAACUGUGAAAGUCAGAGACUAUGCCAGUACGGUGACUAUUAUGGUGGUUCUUCUGGUGCUCCAUGGCUAAUCAUUUUCCUAUUUAUAGCUUGUAGGAGUAAUGCCCAUUUCUUUUAAAGUGGUGUUGCAACGGGGAAAUAUGUUUCAACAUGAAUAUCUGCACUGAAACUUGGAGAGUAUUUGGAUUUGAUUGUUGUCAUCUGUCCUUAGAGCUGUAUACAUUUAGAUUUGGGUUUAUAUUAAAAGCGUGGGCAGAUUUUAA